ACAAUAUAAAAAGAAAAUUUGUCAUAUGCUCAUCGUCAGUUUAGCUGAAACGUUAAAGGACACUGAAGAUAUGAAGUGGUUUCAAUCAAUUGCUCUUUGCGUGUUCAUUUCUUUACAUGUGUGCUAUGGCAAAAUUGGUUUUCAUGAGGAAAUGAGUAUGGGCUUCGAAGGAACUUCCCAAGAUGUGAAAUUCGGACUUAUAGGAGCCUGGGAUACACAUUAUGGUAAUCAAGUACAAUGUAUCCUGACUUGCCGAGAUCCUAAUGAAGUCGUCAGUACUAUAGAACCAGCUGAAAAGCCAGGCUCGCCUAAUCCAGACUUUUCUCUAAGCGAAAAUUUUCCUUGGACGGUUACGUUGACACCAGGUUCUCCUGUUGUCACUUUUACGAUUAACUAUAUACAAGAUAAUAUUUCGGAUCGCCCUGACUGUCGUGAAAAUAUAUAUUUCCAUGCUGCUUGCGUAAGAAUAGUAAAUAACAAUGAAGAUCAGAUUACUGUUGAUCCAUGCGAUCAUAUUUCUCAAGUUAAAGAUUUAGCAAAAAUGUGCGAUGAUCCUCAUAUUAUUCAAAGAGUUUCUGGAUUGAAUGAAAAUGGACUAGAAACUCAGGAGAACAUUUGCUACGACUUAUUUGGAAAAGCUGGAGAUGUAUUUGAACUGAUUACCGAUGAAAAGCUAGAUGUAAGUGUUAUGUGCAAACUGAGAGAUGAUUUCUAUAUUGGAGCAAUUCGUAUUCAUACUCCUUUGGGUGUUAUUUAUGCCACCUCCGAAGAAAUUUCCUGCCUUGGUCACUUCAAGAGAAGCUGGAAAGAUGUACAACGAGUAACACUUGGAAGCGAUCCUUCUCUUCUUAUGGAACUCGACAAGACCUUAACUGUGCAUGUUCAUGGAUCAUCCAGAAAAAUUGCCAUUCAAGUUCAGCGAACUGUCCAGGAAUAUGGCAAAAGUUACUUGAACGUGCUAGUGUCGGAAACAUCUCAACCAGGUCAAUUGUUGGAUCAACAUCAUGGUGGUUUGUUCGGCUUUACUGCAAACAACAAGUAUGAAUUUAUGAAGCCAGUCCAAGAUGAUAUCAACGCCGCAAGUGUCAAAGUCAAUGGCCGUGUGGUAAAAGCUUUCAAGAAAGCUAGUAUGGGAACGCAGAAUUGCUACACCCUAACAUUGGAUGAUAUCGUUUAUCCUCACACUACUGCAAAAUUCAGAAAAUAUUUCUAAAGUGAAUUUAAAUUAAUACAAUUCCACUUUACAAAACAAAA